AUGCAGGACUGUAAGUUGCUCUGGGUGAAUCAAGUGUUUUGGAAAUCAAAAGAAUGGAAUAUGAAAAAAUCAAUAUUUGAGUUAUAUGAAGAAAUCGCACUUUCAUUCAGAAACAAGAGUAUUAGAGACAAAAGUAUAACAUCAUCGAGAAACGAUGAAGCAUAUGAACAACAGGCUUAUGAAAACGUGAUCACAUUACCUUGUUCCAUAUGCAAGAAUGAAAUUUCCCUACCUCGUAUUUUUCUCCAUAGAAAGCAACAUGCAGCCCUGGCCACAAUGGGUUUGCAGUGGAUGCGUGGAAGAAGACCACCGCCCUCAAUACUUUCUAUUCAGAGACACUUUCUGAUUUCUAAUCUAUUGUCAUCUUCUACAUUAAAUGAAAAAAUCCUACACAAGAUUAAUAAUGCUUUUGAGCUGAUUUGCAAGGAACGAACACCAGCAUACUACAGGAUUUUCGAUAGUGUUAAUGAGAGUUCCACAUAUUCUCAAAAAAUCUGUCACCUAUUAAUUAAAGGAGUAGCCAUUUGUGAAGACAGGAAUUCUUCAUGGAAAACUGACAUGAAAGAUAAAUUUACCGUAGUGAAUAAUUUUGGCACUAGACGCAAUGUCUGUUUUUUUGGUUUGUUUGAUGGACAUUACGGUCCCUCAGCAGCAGAGUUGACAGCAAUGGAACUCCCAGUUUUACUUCUCCAUCAACUUUCCAAAUUUGAUCCUUCCUACCAAAUGACACCUGAAGAGCAACAACUAGUCAAUUCCUUUCAUACUGUGUUUAGAGAAGACUACGUAGCAAUAGAAGACCUCUUUUCUUCCAUAAAUAAAAGGACAAGAGGAAUGAGGCAGAAGUAUGAGAAUAUACACAAAGCCUUUGCGAUGGCAUUUUGGAGAAUGGAUAGGCUUUUACGUCUUGGAAGGAAAGAAGUGUCCAGGGUUCAAUGGAGUGGCUGCUCUGCAGUUACUUGUAUAUUAGAAGGCAACAUUGAAAGUCCUUCUGCUCAUAAAAAUGGGAGGAAAAAUAAUAAGUGUGAUGGAUUGGCAAAGAGCUCCUCUUCUCAGAUGCCAAAAAUAAUUUCUGGAACAUUACAUGUUGCAAACGCUGGUACUGUGCAGGCAGUUUUAUGCAGAAAUGGGAAAGAUUUUUGCUUAACCAAAGAACACACUACACGAAACAUAAAUGAAAGAAGAAGACUGCUUCAAGAUGGAGCAAUGAUUAGUCCACAUGAACCAUGUGGACUCCUAGAAGGGCAAAUAAAAACUACACGAGGACUUGGAUUUCAUGGAAAUCUCAAACUGAAAAAAUUCAUUAUCCCAGCACCCCAAACUAUUUCUGUGCCUAUAGAUGACUUAUGUCAAUUCCUUAUCCUAGCUACUAAUGGUCUCUGGGAAGUUUUGGACACAAAGGAAGUCACUGCACUGGUAAUGACAACCUUUGACGUGUAUAAGGAAAUAUACCAUUCUACCAUAGAAAACAAAUCUUCACCAUCCAAUGAGCCUCUGCUUUUUUCAACCAGUAAAGCAAGCAUUACUAAAUCAGAAAGUGACAUUCAUGUACUGUUUCAGUAUAAACCUCAGCCUAAAGAACAUGUGUUAACUACAAACUCAAAGAAAAAUUUGUCCAAUUCAAAAUGUUCUAAUAAUUUCAUUUGUAACCCCCCAAAUGUAGACACAUUUCCACCAGAAGUGACUCACCAUGAACUUUGCAGUGAAAAGGAAACUGACAGAUCACCUAGUGUAAAUGGGGUGCAAAAGAAUAAAAAAGACUCAGGCACUAAGAGUUUCUAUGAAGGUGCAGCUGAGUAUGUUAGCCGAGAACUUGUAAGUGCUGCAUUAGCGGCUGGCUCAAGAGAUAACGUUACAGUUAUGGUAAUAUUCCUCAAUGGAAGUGAAUAUCAGUUUCUGACAUAAAAAAUAAAUAUCCAGGGCACCAAAAUACA